AAUAAGAGAAUAUUCCCCGAAUAUGCUUCCCCUCCUCCCCUAUAAAAGGAGGCCUCUCCCUCAAUGUUGAAGGAGGCCAAUUUCACUCCUCUCCUGCUACUUUCUCUCUCUAGAUAUUUUUAGAGUAUAUUUUUCCUUCUUCAAGAGCUUCUAGCUCCACCAUUAAUGGCUUCCGAGCCGAACUCUUGUACCGUGUACACACCCCCGAUAUUAAUAAAAACCCCCGUUGGCAAGGUACCGCCAAAAAAGGCCCGUGGUUUUCUCCCGAUUUGGGUUUCCACGUCAAAAUCCCCGUGUUUAUAUUUUCGUGUAUUUUUAGACUAGUUUAUCGUUUUAGCCGGGCUAAAAACGGUAUACCGGUCGAUAAUUUACNCCCCUAUAAAAGGAGGCCUCUCCCUCAAUGUUGAAGGAGGCCAAUUUCACUCCUCUCCUGCUACUUUCUCUCUCUAGAUAUUUUUAGAGUAUAUUUUUCCUUCUUCAAGAGCUUCUAGCUCCACCAUUAAUGGCUUCCGAGCCGAACUCUUGUACCGUGUACACACCCCCGAUAUUAAUAAAAACCCCCGUUGGCAAGGUACCGCCAAAAAAGGCCCGUGGUUUUCUCCCGAUUUGGGUUUCCACGUCAAAAUCCCCGUGUUUAUAUUUUCGUGUAUUUUUAGACUAGUUUAUCGUUUUAGCCGGGCUAAAAACGGUAUACCGGUCGAUAAUUUACACCAUCAUUUUGGCGCCACCCGUGGGACCCGAACAAAAAGUUGUGUUUUUUGUUCGGGCAAAUUUUUUCUGUUACCACACAAAAUGGGCAAAAAUAAAAAAGGAAGGAAGAGAGCCGUCUGUUCAAAAAAGGAGAGAGAUUCCAAAGUAAAAAAAAGAAAGAGAGAAUUUGUUCACAGGGCAUUCCUCUCCCCGUCACCGUCGUUCUUCAAGUUGUCCACUAAGCUGCUGGAAAUCCAACAUCACUGGUGCUGAACGUGUUCUGGUUGUGGCUGCCGCUAGUCUUGAAAUCCACCGCCACACCGAAGGAGCAGGGGGGAGAGGAGUGGCCAGGCCGCCGUCCACAUCUAGCGCCAGGAGCUGAUGUCGUCAUCACUGCCAAGGAAAUCAAUCGCCCCUAUGAAGUCUGCCACCCGCAUUGGAUCCAACCAACCCUCAAUUGAAAUCAACUUCAUCAUGGGAAGAGAUUACUCAUCAUUUCGACGGAGAUCUAUCAUCGGAUCUAGCGGGAUAUCCAUGUACCCGCACUCUCAUUGAGGUCCACCGCCAUUGACGUCGUUGGUGUCGUCGUAGUUGACGCUGUUGGUGCCGCUGCCGCCGCUAGUCUUGAGACUUGCCGCCGCCUACGAACCGUGUUGAGGGGGGCAGAUCUAGAUGUUGUAUUAGAAAUCAACUACCGCCGCCGCCAACUAACUUUUGUUCGCCACCCAGAAUUCCUGCACGCAUCCACAAAUGCAAGGGUGCUCAAACACUUGCUGGUCACCAUUUGAAUUUGCUGCCACCGAAGCCGCCGAAUAUACACGCACCCGCACUCCCGUUGAGGUCCGCCGUCGUCACCACUACUCAAAUCGACCACCAUCAUUUUGGAGAGCUUGUCGCCACUGACGUUGAAGAGGAAGAGGACCGCCGUUCCCACUUUGUUAGAGCAAGAGAUGGAAGGAGAUCUGUGGACUGUUGCUCAAACAUGCCGCCGCCCACCUUCCCGAAGCCAUCACUGGAAGCUGACAAAGUUUGGAGAAGGAUAUGUUUAUCACAGUCGCUGGAUUUGAUGGUCCGACACAAAUACCAGAAUCAAUGGACGUCAUUGCCUCCUCCCGUCACCAUCUCCAUGGCACCAUCAGGGGUACUCACCGUCGGAGCUCACAUCCAUAAUCACCACAAAAGCCAAGAUUUGCUGCCGUAGUCACUAAAAUUCGCCACUACCGUCAGUGAGAUCAUCCGCAACGGCCUCGAUUGGGUUUCUGUUGUAUACCCUUUACACUCUCCAUAUUCCGCAGCCAGCUCAGCUCCGAUCUGUUCAUCAUCCAAGAAAGUGCAGUGGAUUGGCUACUAAGGUCUAAGUUCUAAGUUAGGCCAUUGGCAUGUGGGAAACACAGACAAAAAAAAAGGGGGAGUGCAUAAUUUUUCCAAUUUCAUAGAAAUCUACUUUGGAGAUAAGGAGAAUCCCAUCCAGUAGCUUCCGUCCAAAUCGAAGAGAAAUGGUGGGGUGUCCAAGAUGUUACCCCAUAUAUUUCAUAAUGGGCCACAUGCAUGCAUUGCAAAAGGAUACCACGGGAGGGAUAAGUUCUCUCACUUUUGUAAAUCUGGUCCCACCACUAAUAUUGCACAAGUACUAUGGAGCAAUAAUUUGGGUAUUUGUACAUACCUUUUGGGCGAAUUUGGAGGGAAGACUGAGACACAAGCCGAGCUUGGUACGCUGGUUACAACACCGGUCUUGCUCAGUAUUAAAAAAAAAGAGGAAGACUGAGACACAGGCCCGGCCUGGCACGCUGGUUACUACACCGGUCUCGCUCAGUAUAAUAAAAAAAAUAUAAAAUAUGUGACACAGGCCCGGCCUGGCACGCUGGUAAGUAUCAUUCUUGUGCGCGAGACAGGCCAAGAAUGGUAUACGCACCGGUCUUGCACAUAUUUUCUCGUAAGUCUGACCCCAAUCGAAUUGGGUACACCGGUGGCUCAACUGAGCCCUUAUCGGGGACGCCCGAUUCUUCAGGCCCUUUGAACAAGGCAAUACAAAAGUGGUUUCUACAUGAUACGAAGAUAUUUACAUCAGUUAACCGGGCUAGGAUCGAUCUUCAACAAAGCUGCUGCAGCGUACUCAAUUCUUAUUAACUAACGUCGAUGUCGUUUGUAUACUAAUUUCGUCAUGCAUCGUUUACUUAAUUCGUACUAACAUCGGUUUCGACGAAAUAACUACUUGAAGCACCGCCGCUUCAUCGUACUAACUCCGGUGUCGUAUAACUACUCGAAGCAUCGUUGCUUUUUCGAACUGACACCGCUUUUG